AUGCUGCCGUCAGGGUGCACGCCGCCGUGGCAACCAGCUGCUGCACCCGUCUGCAGGUAUGGGAGCAACAUUGGCGUGUUGCUACUUAACAAGUACCUCCUCUCCAUUUUUGGCUUCAAGUGCCCCGUGUUCCUCACGCUGUGCCACAUGCUGGCGUGCUCGUGCAUGAGCUACGCAGUGGCGGCGUCGCGCUGCGUCACGCUGCAGCCCGUCAAGUCGCGGCAGCAGUUCUACAAGAUCUCGCUGCUGGCCCUCAUCUUCUGUCUCACCGUGGUGCUGGGCAACGUCAGCCUCAAGUUCAUCCCCGUCUCCUUCAACCAGGCCAUCGGCGCCACCACCCCCGUCUUCACCGCCGCCCUGGCCUACGCCAUCAUGCACACCCGCGAGUCGCCCAUCGUCUACGUCUCCCUGCUGCCCGUGGUGGUGGGGGUGGUGAUCGCGUCGGGCGCGGAGCCGAUGUUCAACAUGGCCGGCUUCCUGGCGGCGGUGACCGCCGCCUGCGCGCGCGCGCUCAAGAGCGUGCUGCAGGGCCUCAUGCUGGCCGACUCCAACGAGCGCAUGGACUCGCUGAGCCUGCUCAUGUACAUGGCGCCCGUGGCUGUGGUGGCCCUCAUACCUACCACGCUCUUCUUCGAGCCAGACGCGCCCACCCUGGCCAUGGAGCUGGGGCAGAACGGGACCUUCUGGAUGCUGCUCUUCCUCAACUCCUUCCUGGCCUACUUUGUCAACCUCACCAACUUUUUGGUCACCAAGCACACCAGCGCCCUCACCCUGCAGGUGCUGGGCAACGCCAAGGGCGUGGUGGCUGUAGUGCUGAGCCUGCUGUACUUCCGCAACCCGGUCAACUUCUACUCCGUCUUUGGCUACACAGUCACCAUGACCGGGGUGGUCAUGUACAGCCAGGUGAGGCGGCGCUGCGCCCGCUGGGUACAGGUGGUCGCCUGCCCCGCCCCGUGUGCUGACCCUCCUGGCCUGUGCCCCCGCCCCGCCCCGAGCAGGCCAAGAAGGCGGCCAAGAAGGCGCAGCUGCUGCAGAAGAUGA